CCUCUCAUUCCUCCCUAACAAUAUUUCUAUUUUCCCCCCAAAACCCUUUCUUACUAUUAUUAUUUUUUCUACUCUCUUCGAAGAGAGUAGCUCAGAUUAUCGAAAUUAUACCAACGAACUGACUGAUCAUCAAACUAACGACAAAACGACGUCGCAUACAAAAAAGCAUCGAUCAAUUAAUGGCGACGGUGAAGUCCGGCAAGCUCUCGCAGAAGGCGACGAUCAAGAAAAUCAUGAAGCGAUGCUCGAGCUUGGGCAAGAGAAGCGGAGGCGGCGGCGGCGGGUACGACAGCGGCGGGGAAGGGCGGCCGCCAUUGGACGUCCCGAAAGGGCACUUCGCCGUGUACGUCGGCGAGAACCGGAGCCGGUACAUCGUCCCGAUUUCGAUCCUGAACCGGCCCGAGUUUCUGACUCUCUUACAGCGGGCCGAGGAAGAGUACGGAUUCGACCACGACAUGGGCCUCACAAUCCCCUGCCCGGAAGAGGUUUUCGAGUCCUUGACGUGCAUGUUUAGGUAGACGGCGCCAGCGCCGGCGCCGGCGGUCAUUUCCGGCGGCCAGCUGUCACUCUGGAACUAUGAUUAUUGUUUUUUUUUUGGUCUCAAUUAUUACCAGGCGACUUCUGUGCUGCUGUACGAUGAUGAUCCCUUUCUCUCUCUCUUUUUCUUUUUGGAUUUUUGAUCGACCACGACUGAUCCAUGACUGCGGAUUCAACCAAACCCAUCAUCACGAUGAAAGCAAUUCUCGGUGGGUUUUCUAGAAUAUAUAUUAUACGUAUGAAAAAUAAUGUAAUAUAAAUAUAUAUAUAUAAGUGUAUGUAUAUUUAGGGAUUUGAUAUUUUUCCUCACAGUGGUGAGUUUGAUUAACUGCUGGCUGUAGUUUUCUUAUUCCACCCUGUGAGAGUCUUGAUCUUGUAUCUAUAUAUGUAUAUAAAGUUAUAACAGAUAUUUCUCUUUUUCAGUAUUAAUUCUCGUCAU